CCCCCGAGGGCGCCCAUGACCUCCCCGUGCCCGGGGGGCUCGGCGGGGCUCGGCCGGGCGCGGAAGCGGCAGUGCCUGAGCCUGCGCUCCAUCGCCCCGCUGCCGCUCCUCGGCCGCCGCUACCGUUGCGCCAACGCUCCCCGCGGCCCCGCGCCGCCGGCACGCACCGAGCCCGCAUCCCGCACCAACCGCGGGGCGCGCCCCGAGCCCCAGCCCCGCCGGCUCGGUCGCGCUGUCCCGGCCCGCGCCCGCCGCCGGGGCCGCCCCGACCGCCCAUCCCGCGCUCGUCGCUCGGCGCGCUCGGACCGCGGCGCACGGGGGGCCGGCUCCGCCCGCCGGCUCCGCCGCCCUCCGCCGGCACCACCGAGGCCGGGCGCCGCGCCUUCCGCUUCCGCGCCGGUCAUGCUGCGCCGCUGCCGGGCGGCUGCGGCCGUCGCUGCCGGCUGCGCUCCGGGCUCCCCGUGCGGCCGCCGCGGCCUCGCCAUGGCCAAGAGCAAGUUCGAGUACGUGCGGGACUUCGAGGCGGACGACACGGUCCUGCCCAACUGCUGGAUCGUGGUGCGGCUGGACGGCCGCAACUUCCACAGGUUUUCUGAACAGCAUGAAUUCAAAAAGCCAAAUGAUGACCGUGCUCUGCAGCUGAUGACCAAGUGUGCCCAGACUGUGAUGCAAGAACUGGAGGAUAUUGCUAUUGCUUAUGGACAGAGUGAUGAAUAUAGUUUUGUCUUCAAAAAGAAGAGCAGGUGGUUUAAAAGAAGAGCAAGUAAGUUCAUGACUCAUGUGGUCUCCCAGUUUUCCUCAAGUUACGUGUUCUAUUGGAAGGAUUACUUUAAGGACCAGCAGCUUCUGUACCCACCAGGAUUUGAUGGACGAAUCGUGUUGUAUCCCAGCAACCAGAAUUUGAAGGACUACCUCAGCUGGAGGCAAGCAGAUUGCCAUAUUAAUAACCUGUAUAAUACAGUGUUCUGGAUGCUUGUGCAGCGAGGUGGUUUGACACCAGUGCAAGCACAGGAGAGGCUUCGGGGAACUUUGGCUGGAGAUAAGAAUGAAAUCUUAUUUUCUGAAUUCAACAUCAAUUACAACAAUGAACCUUUGAUGUAUAGAAAAGGAACUGUCCUAAUAUGGCAGAAGGUUAAUGAAGUCAUCACUAAGAAAAUAAAACUGCCAAAGGAAGAAGAAGAAAAAGAAGUGGAAGUGACCCGAACUAAGACUAAAGUUGUUCCCCUGCACUGUGACAUCAUUGGGGACCAGUUCUGGGAGGAAUAUCCUGAGAUUCUGGCAGAGGACAGUUGAUAUCUCUGAUGAGCAUAACUGGUAAUUUACAUUCUGCUCUGCUGGGGUUGUUGGCAAGUGAGGAAUACAAAUGGUGGAUGGCAGAGUUUGACCUGGAGCCCUCUUCAGCAGCUACAUUGGGUUUAGCACUGUUGCUGCCUAAAAAGAAGACACUGGUGCUGUCUGACAUACAAGGAUAUGCCCAUAUGGAAAGCUAAAAUCAUACUAUAUUUUGAAUGUUAAGAACUCAUCAUGAAUUAAGACUGUUCCUACCUUGUACAUGUGUAUUUGUAAAAAAAGUAUGUAGAAAUUUCGUGUAUUUCUAUAGCAUUUAAACAAUGAGGUAUUUUAUUGUACUGCUGAACGAUAAAAAAGCCCAAAUAUUUGAACAUAAAAUUAUUCGUUUGAUUUUUGUUUUAACUGAGAUGGACCAGAAUACUUCAUUUGGGAUUUAGUAUUAAUUUUCAAGGCUGGUGUGUUUCGUCAGAUGAGUGAUAAACGGUUCAGCUGCCUGAGGUCUGAUUCUUACUGAAAUGCAAUGGGAGUAGCCCAGCACUUUUCUAUGCUUGAUUUAUUUGUCAAAUGUACAGAAUUUUUAUACUUUUAAAAAAUAUAAAUAAUAGUACGUUCCCUGCUAUGUUUUAUUAUGUGGUCUUUCUCAUUCCGGUGACUUGAACUAGGAAGUGGUGACAGUUCCAAACAGUGAAGUUAAUAAUAAAGAUACUGUACAG